GAGCCCGCCUUCUAAUUCUCUUGUCGUCCCUCCCUCCGUCGUCGGCUAGGCCUGCGUCGUGCAGCAACGCGGCGGUGAGGGGGCGGGGCUCCGACGUGUCACGUGGUCCCGCACCUCCCCGGCGCGCGCCCGACCGCCCGCUCGCCCCCGGCCCCGGCUCCUCCUCCUCCUCUUCUCGCCAUUGCAGUUGGACUCAGCAGCCCGGUGCGCACCGCGUGGCUUUUGGGGGGAGACCCCGGCGGGCUGUGGUAGGAGGGCGGCGGCGGCUGCGGUCCGGGAAGGGGACGCCAACAAGAUAGCCGCAGUAUUGAUAACACCAAGGAAAUCUGUCAUAAUUUGAAAAGAUAAGCAAAAUUUGAUUUCCAGACACUACAGAAGAAGUAAAAAUGCGUCCAUUGCGAAUUUUUGUGAAUGAUGAUCGCCACGUGAUGGCAAAGCAUUCUUCCGUGUAUCCAACCCAAGAGGAGCUGGAGGCAGUCCAGAACAUGGUGUCCCACACAGAGCGGGCUCUCAAAGCUGUGUCCGACUGGAUCGAUGAGCAGGAGAAAGGCAGUAGCGAGCACGCUGAGUCUGAGAACUUGGACAUGCCCCCGGAGGACGAGACCAAAGAAGGGGCAGGGGAGCAGAAGCCAGAGCAUAUGACCAGAACCCUGCGGGGUGUGAUGCGUGUUGGCCUUGUGGCGAAGGGCCUGCUGCUCAAGGGGGACUUGGACCUGGAGUUGGUGCUGCUAUGCAAGGAGAAGCCCACGACCGCCCUCUUGGACAAAGUGGCUGACAACCUGGCCAUCCAGCUCACCGCCGUUACAGAAGACAAGUACGAAAUACUCCAAUCUGUUGAUGACGCUGCGAUUGUGAUAAAAAACACAAAAGAACCUCCAUUGUCCUUGACCAUCCACCUGACAUCUCCUGUUGUGAGAGAAGAAAUGGAGAAAGUAUUAGCUGGAGAAACGCUAUCAGUCAACGACCCCCCGGACGUCCUGGACAGGCAGAAAUGCCUUGCUGCCUUGGCGUCUCUCCGACACGCCAAGUGGUUCCAGGCCAGAGCCAAUGGGCUGAAGUCAUGUGUCAUUGUCAUCCGGGUCCUGAGAGACCUGUGCACCCGAGUGCCCACCUGGGGUCCUCUCAGAGGAUGGCCCCUCGAGCUUCUCUGUGAGAAGUCCAUCGGCACAGCCAACAGACCCAUGGGUGCUGGCGAGGCCCUGCGGAGAGUGCUGGAGUGCUUGGCGUCAGGCAUCGUGAUGCCAGAUGGUUCUGGCAUUUAUGACCCUUGUGAAAAAGAAGCCACUGAUGCUAUUGGGCAUCUAGACAGACAGCAACGGGAAGAUAUCACACAGAGUGCGCAGCAUGCUCUGCGACUCGCUGCGUUUGGCCAGCUACAUAAAGUCCUGGGUAUGGACCCUCUGCCUUCUAAGAUGCCCAAGAAACCAAAGAAUGAAAACCCAGUGGACUAUACAGUUCAAAUCCCCCCCAGUACCACCUAUGCCAUUACGCCCAUGAAACGCCCAAUGGAGGAGGAUGGGGAGGAAAAAUCUCCGAGCAAAAAGAAGAAGAAGAUUCAGAAGAAAGAGGAGAAGGCAGAGCCUCCGCAGGCCAUGAAUGCCCUGAUGAGGCUGAACCAGCUGAAGCCGGGGCUGCAGUAUAAACUGGUUUCCCAGGCCGGCCCGGUCCACGCCCCCAUCUUCACCAUGUCUGUGGAGGUCGAUGGCAGCUCAUUCGAGGCCUCUGGACCAUCCAAAAAGACUGCCAAGCUGCACGUUGCUGUUAAGGUUUUACAGGAUAUGGGCUUGCCUACGGGCGCCGAAGGCAGGGACUCCAGUAAAGGGGAGGACUCGGCUGAGGAGAUGGAAGCCAAGCCGGCUGUAGCGGCCCCUCCGCCCGUGGUGGAAACCACCUCGACCCCCAGCGCUGCCUUCACCUCAGAUCCCGCUGCCGAGAACGUAAAACAGCAGGGGCCGAUCCUGACCAAGCAUGGCAAGAACCCUGUCAUGGAGCUUAACGAGAAGAGGCGUGGCCUCAAGUACGAGCUCAUCUCAGAGACUGGUGGCAGCCAUGACAAGCGCUUUGUCAUGGAGGUCGAGGUGGAUGGACAGAAGUUUCAAGGUGCUGGCUCAAACAAAAAGGUGGCAAAAGCGUACGCUGCCCUUGCGGCACUAGAAAAGCUGUUCCCCGACGCCCCUCUCGCCCUCGAAGCCAAUAAAAAGAAGAGAGCGCCCGUGCCUGUCAGAGGUGGACCGAAAUUUGCUGCUAAGCCUCAUAACCCUGGCUUUGGCAUGGGAGGCCCCAUGCACAACGAAGUGCCCCCGCCCCCAAACCUUCGAGGGCGGGGAAGAGGAGGGAACAUCCGUGGUCGAGGGAGAGGGAGAGGAUUUGGUGGUGCCAACCAUGGAGGCUACAUGAAUGCUGGCGCUGGGUAUGGCAGCUACGGGUACGGAGGCAACUCGGCAACAGCUGGCUACAGUCAGUUCUACAGCAAUGGAGGGCAUUCUGGGAAUGCCGGUGGUGGCGGCGGCGGCGGGGGCGGUGGUGGCUCCUCCGGCUACGGCUCCUAUUACCAAGGCGACAACUACAACUCCCCAGUGCCCCCGAAACAUGCUGGGAAGAAGCAGCCGCACGGCGGCCAGCAGAAGCCCUCCUAUGGCUCCGGCUACCAGUCCCACCCAGGCCAGCAGCAGUCGUACAACCAGAGCCAGUACAGCAACUACGGCCCCCCGCAGGGCAAGCAGAAAGGCUAUAGUCACGGCCAAGGCAACUACUCCUCCUACUCCAACUCCUACAGCUCCCCCGGGGGUGGCGGCGGCUCCGACUACAGCUACGAGAGCAAAUUCAACUACAGUGGUAGCGGAGGCCGAAGCGGUGGGAACAGCUACGGCUCAGGCGGGUCAUCCUACAACCCAGGGUCACAUGGGGGCUACGGAGGAGGUUCUGGGGGCAGCUCCUCCUACCAAGGCAAACAAGGAGGCUACUCGUCACAGUCGAACUACAACUCCCCGGGGUCCGGCCAGAAUUAUAGCGGCCCUCCCAGCUCCUACCAGUCAUCACAAGGCGGCUACGGCAGGAACGCAGACCACAGCAUGAACUACCAGUACAGAUAAAGCCCCGAGGGUGAAGAUUUGUACCUUCUGCACUUACCCCUCCUCGUUGUAAGAUUCAGUUUUAUGCAUCACAGUUAACAUGUCUGUGGCCCCCCGGGGCCCCCUCGCCCUACCCCGUCCACGUUGCUGUGUUGUGAGGUGCAGCUGGGCACUCUUGUGACCCGUCCUGUGACCCAUAUUUAGCCGUGUUUGGGACUCUGCGUCUUCAAUGGUUUGUUAGUUGCCAUUACAACUUUGUCUGAGUAGAGUUUUCUGAGUUCUUGCAGUUCAGUAUCCCUCUGUCUAUUUACAAUUGGUGUUAGUGUUAACUCAGUUUGUCUUGAAAUAGUUACAGAAGGGAUACCUCAUCUGUUAAUGCUUUUGUGAAGUGAGUUAAACGAGCUUUCUGUAUUUUAAUGCUUUAGUGUUUCAGUUUUAUAAGUGAAGAUUUUAUUUUAAAAACCAGUGGGAAAGAGUGGGUUUUUUGUAUGUCUGGAUCAUUCAGGCAGUACAUCUGAAAUCAGCUGAAUGUAGACAAAUAAAGAAAAAGAAAGAAAACUCUGCACCGUCGUAGGCCUGGGUGUCUGACCCUCCAGCAGAGCAAUGGGCAGGUUUCUCCACUCUGUUGCCAGCAUGAGAAAGUGAGGCAUGGGUGGCAGGACUGUCCCUGGUCACCAGAGAGGCUCCAGGGUCCAGUUCCAGGCCAGUAGACACCUUACUCUGAGUUGGCCAGGGCCAGCAACCAGUUCCGGUGUCCCAGCAAGUGCCACACCCCGUUCCCGGCCUUCUGCAGUGCGAUCUAGUGGCCCGUGCUGCUUGGGGUUUGCUCACAUAAUUCAGCAUGCUUUGUUUUCUCCAUUCUAAGAAUGGGUGUGGUGUGAGUGCAAUUCAAGUCACCAUGGGGUAGAAUGUUCUGGUGGGUUUGGCAGGUGGAAACUGAUUUGAAAAAGCCCAACUGAAACUGGCUGCAGUACCCCAACAUAGGAGAAAGCCCAGCCACAGAACCGUCUGUGGUGGGGUAGCACUCUGUGACAGCCGCAGCCUUCAUUUCUGGUACUGCCACUGUCCAGAAUUUCAGAGUGCACAGUUGGGGUUCUUGGCAGUGGCCCAGCCCUGUUCCAGCACAUUCCCCUGGAGCAGUAUUCUUAAUCCUGGGCAAUUUUGUAGUGCUUGGGGACAUUUGUCAUCUAGUGGGUAGAAGCCAAGGAUGCUGCAGAACAUUCUACACUUAAAUGUCAGCAGUACGGAGGUGGGGGAGCCCUCCCCAGAGCAGCACUUCUCAACUCUGACCUUCCCAGGAGGUGGCCUCUCUGGGAAGAGCCUCGUGGGCAGGCAAGGCCUGGGACUGCCCCUCUGCAGGGACUUCUCGACUUGCUGCCUUUUCACCCUCAGAACAGGCAGUGUUCGUGGCCUGAGCCCCACCCAGACAGCCCUUUGGCCUCCCAUGCUUGGUUAACCGUGGCCCCUGGGAGAAGCACAAACCAUUCUUGACGCAGGAUCACUCCGCUGAAGCAGAAACUCCAGUGUGCCUUCAGAUGAUGAGGAUUUGCUUUGGAGAAAUGAAAGAAAGGUGUCCUGCACUCGAAAAUAUUGGAAGAGUUGCUUUUUGCUGGUGCAGAGGAGGUCCCAGAUACCAAGUGGUCCAGCCCGUCUGUCAGGAGAGGUGUCCAGUGAAGCCCGUCAGAGGUGGCUCACAGUGUGAACGUUUGGGUCAGCCUGAAGUGCCCUAGGAUCCCUUGAGUGUGUGCACAAGUGGGGAGAGGAGACAGACCUGAGGGAUGGGUACCCACCCUAGCUCCUCCCAGACACAUCCAGGGGCUGGGGGAAAAGACCCACAUGACCUUGGGACCUUAUCUUUGAGAUGAGAGGAUACAGGCUGUGGAUAGAGCCUGUGUCACUCAGAAACCUGCCAAAUGCCUUCAAACUCUACCUGCAUUGUCAACACAGGUCUCCAUCAGUUUCCCAAGCAGCGACCACCACCACAUUCAAAUUCCUGAACAAGAUUCAAUGUCUCAACUGUUCCUCCUCUUAAAGACCCCAGUUGUUGGAUGAGGGCCCACCCUAAUUCAGGAUGAGCUCAUCUCAAGAUCUGAAAUUACACCUACAGGGACCCUAUUUACAAAUGACGUCACAUUCACAAUCAGCGGUUAGGAUUUGGACAUAACCUUUUGGGGGACACUUCAACCCACUACAGGGCUGGCUGAAGGCUUCACCCAACCCCCACCCUGGGCUGUUGGCACAGCCGUGGGGGUUGAUUAGCCAGGACCACUGGUCUGGAUGGACAGCACAGAGCCAGCAGCGUCUUUGCAGCACAGUGGAUACCUGUCCCAAGGGAACAGCUCAUGAGCACAGAUCCCUUGGCACCCCAACUCUGCUUGGGGGCCUCACCGGUGGUGCUGUUACGGUGAUGCAGCUGGCCGAUAGUAGUAUCCAGCCUUCAGGACAUGCUACCCCAAGGAGCUGGGUUCAGGAAGAUGGCUUCUGCCUUGAGCACAGAGAAGGCCUUGCUGCUGGCGCAUCACCCAUUCAGAGCUGACCAAGGCUUUCCCGGGUCUGUUGCCCUUCAAGCCCAGGAAGCCAUCCUGGAGGAGGGCCUCACUGCGCUGCUUCUCCAUCAACUCCUCCUCGGCCAGGACUGUGGUGGGCAACAGCUGGCUGUUGAUGAAGGGAUGCUUUGGCCCACACAUUGCAGGAGGACAGUGCUUGUGCAUCUUUCAGUUACCGCCAGAGAUCACCUGGAGCUUGAGCAGAAAGGACCAUGCAGUUCACAGGCUUAAUCUGAGUUGAUCAAGAUACGGUACUCGGUGGAUAGGCCGGGGGGGUCAGUGACCCGGGACUGGAUACAACACCUCCGAGGGCCCAGGGAUGCCUUUGGAGGGAAGGAAGAAAGGACAGAAGAAAGACGACACAACCGGAACAGCUGGACAUGGGCAUGGGGGGUUGAGAUGGCAUCCGACGGGAAGCGCAGGGCCUUUCCAGGAAUUUGGACUGAUUUUGGGGGGAGGGAUUGGGAAUUGGCUACCUAGGACCAAAGGCGGUCUCUGAGCAGCAAUGGGGCAUAGAUCCAGGAUUUCCACGUCCCCAGAUGAGCAGAGUUACAGGCACCCUGAUGUGUCUGGGCCGAGGUCCAGUCUGACCUGGAAGUUUUCACCGAGCUGCCCAGCUCUGCCCUGGCAGAGAAGCAUUCAGUCCCUCAGACCAUUGACCAUUCUUUCAUAGUCAGCAGGGCCUCUCCACCUGAGGCCUGGCUCUUAUGCAGCUGGGCUUUCAGCCUCAGGAUUCAGUCUCCAAAUGUGAGCCCCAUGUUGGCUGCCCUUAGCAAGCCUUCUUGACCUGGAUGCUCAUUCUAACCCAUUCCAGAAUAAAUGGAAACUUCCUGUGUUCACUGUUU